UAAAUGCAUAGUUCCUAUUAAUGCUACAAAUCAACGUUAUUGAUAUUGUCGCCAUUAAAAAUAUAUUAGUAUUCGAUUACGCACAAAAUUAAGAAAAUUUACAAACCGAAUACAGAUACUUUUGACAAUGCAGACCGAACUGGUGGUACUCAUAUUCUUCUGCUGCCGCCUCAGCGGUAAAGAAGCGAGCUGCGAUGAACAGUUGGUGUACAAGAUGACAAACAUAGAGUGCGUCGGAAACCCGGAGCGUGUGAAAAAUAUCUCCUGCAAUCUAAAAGCCGUCAACUGGACUAGGGCCAUCGCUAACAUGGAUUGUUACCUCCCCGUCCCACUGUAUAACCCUGUGAUUCGGUUGCAGCUCUUCAAGAGGGACUAUAGCAACCAGUGGAAGCCUUUCCUGGUGGAUGUUUCUGUUAACGUAGGUGACGUGAUAUCUAGGAGGAGCUUCCUGCCCUACGGUGUCAUCAUGUGGAAGAUGUUGCAGCGUUUCACAAACGUCAACCACUCCUUCCCGAUUUCGGUAUGGGUUGUGUUUCUUGCGCUCCCUUGUGAGAUAUCACUGACAUCUGCUCCGUUUACUCAGGGUCACCUAUUUGCCCGGAAUGGUUAUCUGGACCCAUCAUUAGUACCACCCUUUCCACUUGGCCUCUACCAGGUGAGUGCCGUUAUCGUGGAUAGGAAUUCCAGCAUUAGCGAGUAUGUGGGCACCGUCAAGUUCUAUUUGCAGUCCAUGUUGCCGGUGAAGAACAAGAAAAGGCCCAGACCUAAGGCCCAGGAGUCCUAAGAUAUCUCAGGAUGUAUUCGGAAUAAAACUGAUAAUUGGAAGUUUUUUCAUUAUUUUCUUUCUAUAUAUUUUCAUUUCUCAGCGCGUUUACAUGUUCUCGUUCGGUUUCAGUGUCUGUUUGAGUCCACUUGUAUAUACUAUGCCGUGUGUUCUGUUCUGUGUUCUGUUUGUGUGUAUAUAUAGUUCAUAUAAUAUAUAUAUAUUUUGUUUUGAUUAAAUUAGAUACAUUUGAAUCAACUGCAGUUGAGGUCUGGCUCUGGGAUCUGUAUCUGCAUCUGCAACUGCAUAUGCCCGUACGGAUACGAAUGUAAACUCAACUGUUGCUUGGCCAUAAUCGAAAAUAUUGUUAGCUGCAGAAACACACCCGUACGUACGUACGUACGUGUGGUAUAUAUGUACGUAGUACGUCUGCUAAUGAUAAUGGAUUCAUAAUUGAGUUCCCUCUGCAAUUCAUUAAAGCGGUUUGUAAUAUUAACGUUAUGUUUAUGAUAUAUCGAAUACAUGUCUAUAUAUAUCUCGCACUGGAUAAGUCCCGUCCCUCUAUGUACAGAAACUAAAAAAACUGGGCAAAACAGCGGGCGGGGCAGGGCAGCGAAACACCCAAAAUUAUGAAAUCAAACGAAAGAGUCGAUAUACUGAUAACUGAUAGCCGGGAUAACUGGAGUUUGGCUUAUCCUACACACUGUAUACUCGUAUAGACUGUACUGUACGUUAUAUUAGCAAAAUAUGGAAUUAGCCUACAUUUUGUAUGUGUGUCCUACGUGUCUAUGCUUUCCCUUGUUGUUGUUGUUCUUUCGGUUCCUGAAUACACUUUUUGCUGAACUCUUUAAAUACAAUAUAUAGUACAUAUACUCGUAAUGCUGUUCUGUUCCUACAUACAAUACAAUACUUUGUUUGCUCUAGAAAAUUUGUCUCGAAAAAUUCUUCUUUUUUGUGUGUUCGUUCUAUGCUUGCAAAAAUUUGAGGUAGUUUUAUUUUAUUUGAAUUUCUAUAUCUUCAUUUUCAUCUUCUUCUUCAUGUUAAUCUUUUUCCUUUCCGCUUUUUCCGUCUUAGUAAUUUUUUUUAGUUUUAGAUUCUCUUGUGUUUUUGUUGCCAUACAAAGCCUUGAACAAUUUUGGGUGAAAGGCAUCGAAAGUGGAACCGAAUGGAAGAACUAAACUCGAUCAGCGAUUAUAAAGUAUUAUGUAAAGUAUUGCUUUCCAUACGAUCAUCAGGUUCUAUAAAAGCUAGGGGGGGUCGCAUAUAGAUUCGUGUAUACAUAUAUAUAUAUAUUUGAUUCUUGUAUACAAUUAUCGGCUAAAACUAAUUGGGGCACAGAGACGCAUCUACACUAUCUUCAGACAACACUCAGAUACUCAGAUGAUAUAUGUAGCUAUGAUACACAUCUCUCUUUUGGGCAGUUUUAUGGUUGCAACAUAUUGAAAAAGGAUUGCCAUUGGGGCAUCUCCGACUCCUUGCACUCUAAAUAUAUCAGUCGUUCCUAACAACUGUGUGGUUCAUGUUGUUCAAUUACAUUUUUUGGCAGUGUUGAGUACUCGGUUUCGGUUUCGGUUUCGUUUUCGAUAUUCAGUUUACGUUUGGUUGCUUUUGGUUUUACUUACGUUAAAAAUUCACUUAUAAAUUCAUUGGCGUAGAAAGAAUUAUAAAUUACUUUUACUGUUAAGGCGAAUUUUCUUUUAUAUGGGUCUGCCGUUCAGAUAUGUAUGUACAUAUGUAUGUAAAACCAACAGCAAAAUCAGUGAAAAGAAUAGAUAGGAUAGGAUACAUCGCUCUAAUGUGUGUGUGUGUGUAUGCUGUGUGGCUCUGCUGCUCCUUUCGAUAACUUUAUUUUUACCUUGGCUAGGUUCUAAAUGAUUCGUUUAGGUUUAAGGUAGGUUUAGGGGCUUAAGGGCUUAAGAGCGAAACUAGUUAAUGAUAUAUAAUAUAUUAUGUACAGACUGCUCCUCUUGGAGACGAGUUUUGCAUGGGAUUUGCACUAACUUAAUGGAUAAUCAAUCGUGUCUCGGGGCCUAGGCUUAAAAAUGGUGUUUGCAUUGCUGUUCGAAUUGAGUACAAAAUGUUUUACAAAUAUUUGAUGCAGCUUAUUAUAGCUUUUGUAAAUGCUUCAAGUCUUGUGUUCUUUGCUUCUUUUUCUACCUUCUACCGCCUUUUGCCUUUGCUUUUGCUCUCUCCCUCUCUCUGCUCUAUUUUAAAGUUAACCCGUUGGCCCACGAGCCGAGCCAAGAAGAGGGUUGUGUGCGUGGUUGGAUGUUUUGGCCAGGUCCUAAAGGUACGACUACAACAAUAGAACGAACGAAACGAACUAACGAAAUAAAACGUGUUGAUAAACGAUAAACUAAUAAAAAAUACA